AUGUCGUGCAGCCGGAGCGAUGAAGAAAACGACAACAAUGUGGAUGCAUUGCUGUCAGUUGUGAACCUCCAACGCGACGAGCAAGCUCUGAACCUAACUCAAGUCCCGGAAUUCAACUCACGCGACACAUUCUUGACUGACGUGAAUACGGUCUGCAAACUGGUUAAAGAGUGCUACCGAAAAUUCUCGAGUCUCGUCGUCUUCAAGGACACCUCAAAUCUCGUCCAGCCAGGUCAUCCUCGUGACAAAGACGACAAGAGUGCCAAACCUGACUUUGUCGCCGGGUUCGAAGAGCAUUGGCAUGAUGGUCGGAAGGACGAUGGAUCUGAGUCUGGCGAUUCAGACGAUUCAGAGGACGAAGUUCAUCCGAAGGACCCCCAUUCCCAUAUAUUGUGGCCCCUCAUCAGGGUUGCCGGGGAGACUGCACCUGAGAGGCCCAAAUACCGAGAUAUCGAGACCAUUGAAUAUUCUGGGACCUGUCUCUGCCUUCUCCUCGACGCCCGACCCGAUUUCAGAGUCGCCCUUGGUCUUGUACUCGACAAGACAGAGGUGUAUUUGCUCGUAGGGGAAGCAGGUGCGGGUAUCCACCACUUCACCUUUGCCUGGGGAAGCAGGAGUGGGUCAAUUCCAACAUCGAACUUGUCUACAAGCCAGCUUCAGCCCACGACAAUUCUCCCGCUUGUGGGUACAGUCUCAGAUUCCCCCCAGCUGAUCUGCCGCAUGCGCCGCCGACCUCGGAUUCGUUGCAACGGGUCCUCCCUCAACGUCAUCAAGAUGCGGUUGUGCCGAAAGGAUGUUCUCGGCGAAAUCGAGAUAUUGGAGCGCAUACACGAAAAGGGUAGCCUGCCUGGGGUGAUUCGUCUGCUCUUCUACGAACGUCUCCCGUACCCUUACGCACGGAGAAACGAGACUUGGAUGGGAUUCAACGAGAUUGGUCAAUCCUUUAUGUCCAUCAAGACCGUUCGAGAGAUGCUCAUGGUGGAAUACGAUGUCUUGGAAAUCACACGCAUGCUUUUCCUCGAGCGCAACGUCCUGCAUCGCGACAUCAGCAAAGGGAACGUUUUGUACAUCCCCCCAUCUGAAAAGACCGAGGCCAGUGAUACUCACAAUAGUAAGAAGGCGUCUGAUGACACGAAGCAAUCGAUGGGCUCUCGUUAUUGUUUCAGUAAAUAUCUGCUUGGUGAAAGACGAGACGACGGCGGAGCAACCUGCGCCCUCUGGAGCGUGUUGCGUUUCAAGGGGACAGCCGCGUUCAUGGCCAGGGCGAUUUACCUAGGCGGACCGCUCACACUUGACUUUUACUUCUCUUUGCCCUCAAUCCCGUUGUCUGCGCACUUGGCUUCCUACGAGAAAACCUUUCCGGACCGCGUUUCGAUGUUUAGUGGACUCGUUGGGAGAGACAUAGGCCUCGACCCAUCGCAACGCUGGAAACUCAAUAGGGAACCCCCGUAUCCAAUACACGGCCCGUGGAGACACCGACUUUAUCACGACGCCGAAUCGGUGUAUUGGCUCAUGGUCUUCUGGGCUUUGUUCGCUAAGCCAUCGGUCGAAGUCGAGGGCACGCCUGAACACGAAGGCUAUAUCCCUCAGUACUGUUGGAUCGAAUUUUGCAGCGGUAGAAAACAUAAUUGGCCCGACGGCUGCAAGGAGGAAGACAUACACCCAGCUUACAGACCUUUUUAUGCUCUCCUCAGGGAAAUGCAAAGGUACCUGUACGUUGACCCCCAUUGGUUCCCGCGCGAUUCGCCUAUAUCGCGACCAGAGUUUCUUCAUGAAUGUUUUCAGCGGGUUAUUCUCUCGUUUCUUAUGUCCCACUCCGAGGAAGAGUUCAUGACGUUGGAGAAGUCGGACGAGGAUCGCGCUAUUCCUGUGAUACGUGUGCCUCGACCCUCGUGA